CUAUCUACUAUGGCCCGAUACGCCAACAAAUAGCCCAAGCCCUCGCCUUCUAUCCUUCGACCUCCAAACCUCCUACGCCGACUCAAAGCACUCUGGUACCCGCCGACAGUAUAGCCCAUGAUGUUUGGUUCCUCGGAGGACAGGGCCAGACAGCUUGCAGGACGUUAUCGAAAGUACAGAGCCAGCUCGAGUGCCUCGCAUACCAGCUAUCGUUCGGUGAGCUCAGUGACGCAGCUACCAGACCAGCCUCAAACGACAUAUACUUCUGCAGCCGGCGGUUCAGGUCAUACUACUCAGCAUGGUCAAUCUCCUAUUCCAUCUGGUCUCGCCGGUAUUGACUCUUUGCCCUCGCUCCGCGGUGGGGCGUCGAGCCCUAAGGACGCCAACAUGCAGCAACCGGUAUCGCCAUAUUCGUCAGGCAACACGGAACUGGUCCGUACCCAUAAACGCUCUACCUCAGCCUACAGCCAAUUCUCUCCUACCCAAGGCCAACCACCCGUAUCUCCGUACGUCUGGCCCCGCGCACGAGAGCUCGACAACCAGCUUGCAGCUCGACUUUAUCAGAAUCAGCAGAGAUCCCAGCUCGAGCAUAUGAGCGAAGUUCUUUACGGCAAUCCCUCCCUUCCGAACAUAGCGUCUCCACCCCCGAGCGGAUUUGCAGCCAACUAUCCGGCAGCGUCCUACCUGCAAGCUGUACGACGGGUAGCCUCCAACCCGCAAAACUCAUGGGCAGCAAACGCAUCACUUCCACCGCAGGCCACGGCCGCCUUCCACGAGAACGGCCGUCCGACCUCACAAGUCUACGGGUUCGCACCGAAUGGUAGUUACAACCAAUCGAGCAACGAGAGGCUACCGUCCAACGCCGCGAACCCCUCUACAACUCUCAACCACAGCCCUUACGCGCUGAGCAAGCCAACCACAUGGGACUGGGCGUCGCCGCAUAUAAGCUACUUUGAAUGGGACGACUGGGUCCACAAUACUCGGGGAUGUACUCUCUGGAACGAGCCCAUUCAUUCAGACAACAGCCCCGCAUUCCUUUUCUUUCUCGGCCAACUCACUAAUGACGAAAUGCUGGGAUUUACUUCCCUCUUCCACGGCAACCCCUGGGGCCAAGCUGGCGAUUUGCUGUCGGCGAGGCUGAAGCGGCAGUGGUUUUCCAAGCUUGCUCCUUCGAAGAAAACAGCUUUCAACACCGUGAUCAAGGAGAGGCGGAGGCAGAUUGAGGAGGGCAGUCCUGCAAAUCCUGUGGCCAUCUCCCCAUCGCCUUUACCCACCAUGAUGCUCUGGGAAGCGCUUGAAGCUAUCGAGACGAGAUACAGUUCGCACAAAGUAAACCAAUUGAAUCAGAACUUCCAUCUGGAGGCUCCACUGUCCAAGGCUAGCAGCACGCCGAACCUGAAAGGACGACAAGGCUUAGAGGUUCUGAGCAUCGCCGCCGAUAUGCACAGAGGCUUGGAUCCCUUCACAACGUACUUUCUUCUCUGUGUUUCCAAAAUUAUUUCGUACCUCGUCAGCGUCUCUUUUAUCUUUCACUGGUAGCUAACAAGACCUCCUAGUUACUUCAGCGGCGGCGGCGGCUCAGCCGUCUCAUCAGGAGCGAAGGCACAUCUCACAAAGCUUUUCGACGGCUACCGGGAAGACGUCACCAACUCGCCGGAUACGGUUGGA